AUGCAUGCCAUGCAAGUCACUGCUCCAGCUUCAAUCAAAAGUCGGCCUCAUACAUGGUACCCACGCGCUCGCAACAAGAUUCGCAAAGUUGUUUUACAUGUGGGGCCUACAAACAGUGGUAAAACACACCAGGCUCUGAAGCGGCUUGAAUCAAGUUCUACUGGCAUUUAUUGUGGACCAUUGAGAUUGUUGGCAUGGGAGGUGGCAAAAAGGUUGAACAAGGCAAACGUUCCUUGUGAUCUAAUUACCGGACAAGAGAGAGAGGAAGUUGAUGGUGCAAAACACAAGGCUGUGACAGUUGAUAUGGCUGAUGUUACUACUGAUUAUGAUUGUGCUGUUAUCGACGAAAUUCAGAUGUUGGGGUGUAGGACCAGGGGUUUUUCAUUUACCCGUGCUCUAUUGGGGAUCUCUGCUGAUGAACUUCACCUUUGUGGAGAUCCAGCUGCUGUUCCUCUUAUCCAGGAAAUACUUAAAAGUAACUGGUGA